AUGUCGUGGGAAAUGAUUGAUAAAGAUCAAGAUAUCAGCUUGAAGUAUUUAAGCUCCAUCCUAAAUAAAUGUAACAAGAAUAAUAUUCACCUGUUUUUUGAUCAGAUUCAUGAUUCACUUCAGUUUCUGUUGCACAGGAAAAAAAAAUUAAAAAAUGACGAAUUGGAGUUGAUCUAUAGAAAUUACAGUCGGCUGUUCGAACUUUCAGAAGGCUUUGAUCGAUCAAAAACGCUUGUUGAAUUUCUGGACGAUAUGAGUACUAUCUUGUUUUUGAUCACGACUGAAAAUCCUGACUGCAAAUUAUGGUCUUUGUUGUCUGAAGAAUGUUGUUUGACUAUUGCUUCAUCCCUAAAAAGCUUAUUCUCGUCUAUAAGCUGCAAUGAAAUGAUGUCAGUUACUGCACAAGAAUGUUUGCCGACCAUCAGCCAUAUCUGCUCCUUCUUAUUGGGUAUGAGCGAAUAUUCCAAGAAUCGGGAUGUACGCUGCAACUCACUUAGCGCCCUGUCGCUUAUAGCUUUACCUGUAAAUGCUUUUUCUAAGGCGAGCGAUGAUUUACUCAAAGGUCAUCUUGCCAAUUCGUUUAAGUGCUUACUACCAGGAUUUUCCCAAGCUUUCUACAGAAUUAUAACUAGCAGUGAUAAGGUUUGGUCGAGCGUCAGAGUGGCUGCGUUCAAUGCAUGGUCUUCCAUACUAAUUUCUAUUUUUGCAAACGAACCUAGCGUCGAUAAAAACGUGGAAGAGAUGGACUCGACAAAAGAAUGUGAACUCAAUACUUCUGAUUGGUUCAAAACAACUCAGUCUCACAUGACAUCUUUGGUUUCUAAAACUGUUGAUAGUAUUAUUCACAUUCAGUUGGAACUAGAUGUAGACAGAAAUUUACAACUGUCUGUUGCGUUUGCUCAUUGGCUGGGUGUAUUACUACUAAAAUGUCAUUCACUGACCAAUAUCGGGGAAAGUCAGGACCUUAAAUACACUGUGGUUUCUGGUCUGCUUAUGUUAGCCUCACAGUCGUCUAUACGAAAUUCGAUAUCAAACCAAAGUUCCCAAAAAGAAGGUAGUUAUCUCGCUCAAAAAUUGUUGACUGAUUUUACUGCACUCCAAGAAAAGGAUGUGAACUCGCUUAUAGUUCCUAAAUCGGUUAACAACCUUUUCGGUCAUGAAUUAAUAAGGAAGAUUGGUUUUGAUUCUUUAACAGAGCAAACAGACUUUCUUUUAAGUCAGCUGUUCACUCUCUUAGAUGAGUCACAAUUGCAGAAGCGAUUUAGAACAAUCCUUGGUCAUCUAAAUGUUUUGGAUCCUGAGGAUAUUUGUACUUUUGUCCAUUCAUCUGAAACUUUUCAUCGCUUUUGUUCUGCUCUAGCCAAGUUUUUGAACUUCAAUUUUAGUUCUGUUGAAUUACAAGAACAAGUCAAUUUGCUGCCACUAAAUUACUGUCAUAAUUCUGUUCAGUGUAUUGGAGAAAAUACUAUACAACCGUGUAACCUAUUCCGGAAAUCAUUUCAAUAUUUUCGUGAUUAUUCAACAUUGAUGCUAAUUCAAGCUAUUGCUGGAAAAAUAGCAUCUCAAAGAGAAACAGUUGACCUAUUUCUGGAUAUAUGUCGAGAUAUUAUGAUUGAAAGUGAUAAUGCUCUGCGUAAUUCAUGUCUUCUACUUAUCGUAGGUGGAAUUGCUGGUUAUAUCUCUAACAAUAAUAUUCCAUGGAGUGAACGUGAAAAUCUUUGUUUAAAUCUUAUGAGUUUAUACUUUGAUCCAGAAAUAUUAACACUCCCAACUAGUCAAUCUGAUUAUGUGAAUACCUCUAGUAAUAAUAUCAUCACUACCUACAACAAUGAUACAGAUAUUUCAACAUUUUUAGUAAAUCAAUCAAAUGAUAUAAUGUCAUCUACCAAUCACUUGUCUAAUAUCAAUACAUACAAAUCAUGGCCAAUUGUAAAUUCUAAUAAGAAUUUUACAAAAUUUGAAAUAGAUCAACUUCAGGAUGUGAAAAUGAAUUCAAUCACAAUUUGUUUAUUGCUAGAAAUGUUUUGUACUGUCUCACAAUUGAAUACAUUGUCAUCCAAUAAUGAUACUGAAACAUUUCAUACUGAUCAACAUUUUACUGAAUGUUUACGUAUUGGUUUACUUCCAACCAUAUCAUUUGCUCCAUAUUCUAAUUUAAUUGGUCAAACUGCACGAGUUUGUUUAGAACAAUUAGCUAAGAAUUGUCUAUAUUCAAGCGUAAGCGAGCUGAUUACAGCUAAUGUUGACUACUUAGUUUCCAGUAUAACUCUAGAUUUACACCGCGCUAAUUUACUGACAAUGGUGAAUUCGUCAAAUGUUAACAAUGCAACUUGUUUGUCGAGUGAAGCUAAACAAAGCUUAUUAUCCGCUUGUAAUGCUACAGACACUUUGUUUGAAUACUGCACAAUUAGUGUAUUACCAGUUUUGAAACCAAUGGUUACAAAAAUGCUUUCAUCUUUAGAUCUUACAUAUGAAUAUACAACUGAGCUAUUCCUUAGACCAUUUUAUCAAUUAAUGCAAACAUGUCGUAAAUGGAAUGAAUCAUUAACGAAAGACAAUAGGUGUAUAGACCAAGGAACGGAUAUUACUCCUUUAGUAAAUGAGUCAGUGACUAAUGAACAGAAAAUGGCAUUGCACUCAAAAUCUAGCAAAUCAUUAUUCUCUGAAUUAUAUCAAAAAACAAUCAAUCUUAUAUCUGAGACACGUUCACUUCAUUCUAUUGAACCAAUUAAUCAGACUGAUGGAAUCAAUGAUACUGAUAACUUAAAUCAAUCAGAGAAAAAUAAAAUGGAUUCUAUGAAUAAUGAUGAUAACAAUAAUAAUGUUGGUGAUGAUGAUGAUGACGGUAUGGAUGCUGACAGAAAUCAUACAUUCCCUGAUCAUUUACAAACAGUAGAGGAAGUGAUGUUACGAUGUAUACAUUUAAUGGCUGAUGGUAAUCCUAAACUACGUAUACUAUCUAUGAAUGUUUUAAAAGAAGGUUGUUUAGCGUUAAAAAAUGAAACUAAUUUAUUAUUACCAAUUGUACAUAAAAUAUGGUCUUCUUUGAUGAAACGAUUUCAUGAUAAUCAUGCUAUAGUUGUUGAGAAAGCAUUUGAUCUUUUGACUGUAUUAUCUAAAGUUGCUGGAAAUUUUAUUCGACAACGUGCAUCAUCGGAAAUAAUUCCUCCUUUAGUGUUAUUUUUAACACGUGGUGCUUCUGUAAGUGCAUCAGCAUCAAAAUCAUACAAAUAUCUUACAUCUUAUCGUGUACAAAAACGAUUACUGAAAGAGAUUGGACCACUUUGUAGACAAAUGAAAGUCUUAUCACAAUCACUGCGACCUGUGAUCAAUGUGCUCGUGAUGUAUUUAGAUAAUUCACAACCUGAAGGACUACAACAAGCUUCUAUGUCCAGUUUAGAAAUUCUAUGGACUCUUGACCCUGGAAGUACAUGGGUUCUUCUUAUUCAUCAUCUUGCUGAUUCAGAGAUACACAAUAUAUAUUCUAAGAAAUUAGUUAAACCAUUUAAAGAUAUACAGGUAUAUCACCAACCAACUGAUAAACACAAAGAUGGGAAUUUAAAACUUCAGAAUUUAUCUCUUAUUUUGAAUAAACUGCAUGAAAUGUCUGAUGAAAUUACUAAAUAG